AUGCUUUCACUUCAGCUUCUUCGUCGGUGUGCGGUGUUGGCUUCCUACCUUCCUUUAUUCCAGGUCGCGGCUCAGGAGUCGUUCUCUCAGACUGUGGGGUGGCGGGAACCCUCCAUCAGCGUAUCUUACAAUGACCGACUUUCUCUGGCAGAAACCACGCUCAGCAUCAUGGCUCGGCAGAUCAACUAUGAUGACGCAUCGACUAUACAGUCGCCCAGCUCGGCUUUGCUCCUUUACACGCUUGCAGAGUACGAUCGGCGCUCGAAUAGCUCGGUCUUUAAGGCCAACGUAACCUCAGCGCUGGGCGCGUUGGCGACCAGCGUGAACUACAACUUCACGUAUAUGCAAGUCUUUAGAUACAACAGUGAUCGUCUCCGCCUUGGUCUUGCGUACUUCUCCGCACACAUCGCAUAUCUAGACAGUCCUCAAGAAAGUGACUUGCUGAAGGCCGCGCUUGCGCUUUGGGAUGCAUCAGCAGCCUACUACGUAUCUCAGGAUGCUGCAACGGCGGGCACUCUCCCUGGGAUACCGAACUUUAACUCAACAUGCGUCCCGCCUGGUGGUACGACCCCCGUCUCUGUGGCUGGUGCCCUGUCUUGGGACAAAACCGCCAGCAUCAAUGGAGAGACCAUUGGUCCAUGGAUUGCACUUUCUUCAUCGCUAUACACCUCGCACCUCAACGCUACCUUUCUAGAACUUGCCGCAUUAUCUAUCCAGUUUGCGAAGACCUUUCUCUCCAAUGGGACUAUGGUCUGGGAUACAUACACGUUCAGUUCUUGCACUCCGAGCUCUCCAACUGAGACGUGGACAUAUAACGGAGGGUACUUCUUACAAGGUCUGAGCACAUUCUACGCCGCGAACAUGUCUGCAGCCACGACUGAGGACCUGGCUUAUUUGAAUGAGCUCGCGGCUUCUCUGAUAUUGUCCUCCCGCUGGACUAACUCCUCCACUGGCAUCAAUAGAGAGGAUGCGAUCACCUCCUCCACGACUGAUGUCUCGCAAAGGAACUUCGGCGCAGAUUGGAAAGCUAUUCUAGUGAACGGCCUGUACGGAUGCAUGUCUGCGGGCCUUCUCAAUGACACCGUGGCCAACUUGACAAGACAAUACAUCGCUGUACAGUAUAACGCCGUGCGGGAGUUGGCGAACUUCACUGCGCCUUCUCUCGAUCAGCAAGUUUACGGGCCCAGCUGGAUCGGUACUCCUACUCCUUUGCAGGACUAUGACUCCGCAGGGCAGCUCGCUGCAGCGGAAUUGUUCACAACCGCGCUGGGAGUUGGACCUCAAGAUGUUGCUAACACCACCAACCCUUCGCAACCAACCACGACAAGCCCUUCUCUUCCCCAAGUGUCACGAUCUAAGACAGGGAUCAUCGUGGGCUCCGUCGUAGGCGGAGCGGCCGCCCUCAUCGGCUUUGUCGUUGCCAUCAUCUACUUGAGCCGCCGGAAGCGUGCGAUUACAACGCCCUUACCCGAUGAGGACUCGCAACGGCCUACCAUGAGCACAGAGCCCUAUUUCGCCACGUCUCAGCAAUACCCUGUCACGGAGCGUGGUGUGCUGUUCGCGCGCCACGAUGGAGGUUCCGGAUACCUGAUGAAACGCGAGCAUACGCCGUACAGUCUGCCGUCGGCUUCCGGCAACACCAGCGGAUCCAGUGUACACCCCGAUUCUCAAGCAUCGGCUCCUGAAUCCGUCGAACAUGUACGCGUUGACGCCAGUGCGCUGCAACGUCUAUUGCUGAGCAUUGGCGGAGCGUUAUCCGACCUACAACGUCGCGAGAGUCGGCAUGCCAGCACUGGAGAGUUGUCCGAGCUGCCUCCAGACUACGAAGAAGGACCUGUCAGACGUUGA